AAGAGAGACGCAUGGUCAAAUUGAGCUUUAUCUAUCGCAGUUGGUCACUUAAUAAGACGCACUUGGAUCCAGAGGCGACCGGGACGCAGAUCAUCUUAAUAAGAGCAACCGUCAUAAUUACAGAGGCCAGCAGAAGAAAAAGCACAUUGCUCCACACAGGGAAGAAGAAAAAAAAAAACCACACACACACACACACACAUACACACACAUACAUAGAGAGACUACACACAGACACGGAAGAGAAGUGAGUGAAAGAGAGGCUGAGUGAGGAACAGGACGGCGAGAAACACAGCUGAACUUUUACGCAGCGGGGAAUCGUUGAAGCAAAAAAAAAAAAAAGAAAAAAGCCAAAAAGUGACAAAAAGGAGAGGUUGGAAAGUGUUGGUUGAAGAUGCCUCGGGUAGUCCCGGACCAGAGGAGCAAGUUUGACAAUGAGGAGUUUUUCCGCAAGUUGAGCAGGGAGUGUGAGAUCAAAUACACUGGCUUCAGAGACCGACCCCAUGAGGAGAGGCAAGCCCGCUUCCAGAACGCCUGCAGGGACGGACGGUCAGAAGUGGCCUUUGUAGCUACAGGUACAAACCUUUCUCUCCAGUUCUUUCCAGCCAACCUGCACGGAGAUCAGAGGCAAGUGCCUACAAGGGAGUACGUCGACUUUGACAGAGAGACAGGAAAGGUCCAUUUAAAGGCUCCUAUGAUCUUGAACGGGGUGUGUGUGAUCUGGAGAGGUUGGAUCGACCUACAGAGGCUGGAUGGGAUGGGGUUCCUGGAGUAUGAUGAAGAGAGGGCUCAGCACGAGGAUGCUUUGGCCCAGGCAGCGUUCGAGGAGGCUCGCCGCAGAACCAGAGACUUUGAAGACAGAGACCGAUCACACAGAGAGGAUCUAGAGGACCCUGUGGUUUCUAAAAUCUGGGACUGAUGACACACAGACAGACAGCCAGCAGAAAAGAACAGGUCCAGACGACAGCAGGACCCCAGCCCUGGCUCAAACAUGGCCAACGCUGACGUGGAACACAAGAUGCGCUGAGGAGUGGAGGAUGAGGAGCAGUGGCAGGAGGAAGAGGAGGAAACCAGGACUGGAAGUCCUUUCACUUUCAAUACAAUCAGACAAAAAGAAGAAAAAAAAGUCACCCGAAACUGCAAUUGUAGACCAGUUGUUAUCCAUUAUGUCCUCACAGGUUUGAUAUGAUUAUUUCCACAUGCCAAACAUUUUUGAGAUAUUUGAAUGUAGAUUUAAAAAAAAUUAACUUCCUGAACUGAUUGAAUUGAAAGUGAAGCAAGCCCUAGAGCAGAAGGAUUUAAAGGAUUAAGGACACAACAGACCUGCAGGGUAAAAAAAGUAUAUUUAAAUGUGACACAUCCAGAGUUGAAGUUGUUUCUUGUUUCAAAUAUAAAGUCAAUAUCAAAUCAUGCAAAUGCUCGCAAGCAGGUACAUAUUUUUUUUGUCCGGGUCUAUAAAGGAUUUGAUGGAUAGCUGUAGAUUCAAAUAACAAAAGUAUAUUUUCUAGUAAUACAAGAUGCUGAAAGUAGUAACAGAGGUAUGGAUGUGAUUAACGGGGGAGUGGAGGAGGACAGACGGAAGCCAGAAGGAGCAGUGAAGAGAGAGAGAGAUUUGUUUGGCUCAGGGUCAUGGUCAGGGUUUAUUAGUCAGGAUUACCACAAAAGAGGUGUUGACAGUUUAUGAAAAAAAAAAAAGAAGAAAAAUCUGUAUUGUUCAGUGCCCAUUUGUGAACAUGCCUUUGUUAACCCUUACUAUACCUUGCUCACAUCCCGAAACCUGCUGUUUUCUG